GAGGGUUGGGUAGAGGAGGGUAAUGGGGGAGGGAGGUACCGUUGUCUUCCUUUGAGAUGAAAGGGAUCCGAAGAAAUUCGAGGAGCGCUGGAGAGAGAGAGAGGAGGGGGAGGACUACAACUCCCGGCAGCCCUCGCGCCACGCGACGGGCAGUGACAGUGACGUAUAUUGGAGGCGCCCCCCGGUGCGAGCGGCGUGAGCAUGGCAACGGCGGAGGGCGAGAGCAGGCCUGCGCUGGAGAUGGUCCAGGCAGAUGGCUCUGAUGACUCCAGCAUUACGUUUGUAUUGCACGAAGAAGACCACACUGUUGGGAACGCCCUGCGGUACAUGGUUAUGAAGAACCCUGAGGUGGAGUUCUGUGGCUACAGCAUCACUCAUCCCUCAGAAAGCAAGAUCAACUUUCGAAUUCAAACAAAAGCAGGGAUUCCAGCUUUAGAGCCUUUCCGGAGGGGCCUCAGUGAGUUAAUGACAGUCUGUCAGCACGUGCUCACUACAUUCGAGACCAGUGUGAACGAAUACAAAGAGUCUUAUGAACCACAAGAGGAAAUGGAACAACUUUGAUACCAGUUUUGAAAAUACAACAAUAUUGUACAUAAUUUUGAUUUAAAAAAUAAACAUUUUU